GCCGGCGCCCUCCCCUCGGGGCGGUCCCGCUCGGGGCUCGGCGCGGCGCGGCGAGGCGAGGCGACGAGGGCCCGAGGCUGGCGGCGGCGUGGCGGCCCGAGGCCCGAGAUGGUGAUCUGCUGCGCGGCGGCCAACUGCUCCAACCGGCAGGGCAAGGGGGAAAAGCGCGCCGUCUCCUUCCACAGGUUUCCCCUCAAGGACUCAAAGCGCCUGCUCCAGUGGCUGAAAGCUAUUCAGAGGGAUAAUUGGACCCCCACCAAGUAUUCCUUCCUCUGCAGCGAGCACUUCACCAAAGACAGUUUCUCCAAAAGACUGGAGGACCAGCAUCGCCUGCUCAAGCCCACGGCCGUGCCCUCAAUCUUCCACCUGGCUGAGAAGAAGCGAGGGGCCGGGAGCCAUGGGCGCACUAGGAGGAAGGACCCCAGGAAGACCUUGGGGGGCCUGAGGGGCCAUGGGAGUGAGCCAGAUGGCCAUGGCGCUGCAGGGUCUUCGACAUCCCUGAGUGACAGCCCAGUGGAGAAGCCAGAGGCCAGCAGGGGCAAGCGAGCCUUUCUGCAGGGUGAGGCAGUGGCACCCACAUCCUCAUUAUCAUCCACAGAGGAGCCACCUGUGCUCCCAGAAGAGGGUCUGGCCAGCUCCGCAUCCUCCGGUAGCCAGGAGAGGGGGAGCGCAGCUGCAAGUGAGGGUGGCCAGGAUGGCACCCCGGCUGACAAGAGUGGCAUUUCUAUGGAUGACUUUACCCCACCCGGCUUGGGGGCCUGCAAGUUUAUCGGUUCGCUUCACUCUUACAGCUUCUCCUCCAGGCACACUCGAGAGAGGCCCUCGGUGCCCCGGGAGCCUGUAGACCGUAAGAAGCUGAAGAGAGAUGUGGAGCCUGGCUGUAGUGGGACCAGCCUGGGGCCCGACAAGGCCUUGGCCCACAGUCCCCCGCACUCCACGCUCACUGCGACGCCUCAGAAGCCCUCCCAGAGCCCCUCAGCACCCCCGACAGAUGUCACCCCGAAGCCGGCGUCUGAGGCCGUGCAGAGUGAGCAGAGCGAUGCCAGCCCCAUGUCUAUCAAUGAGGUCAUCCUGUCUGCAUCUGGGGCCUGCCGGCUCAUCGACUCGUUGCACUCCUACUGCUUCUCCGCACGCCAGAGCAAGAGCCAGGUGUGUUGCCUGCGUGAGCAGGUGGAAAAGAAGAAUGGCGAGCUCAAGAGCCUGCGCCAGCGGGUCAGCCGCUCCGACAGCCAGGUGCGCAAGCUGCGCGAGAAGCUGGACCAGCUGCGCAGAGCCAGCUUCCCCUGCUUGGGAGGCCUGCUGCCCUCCGGCCGCGAGCCCCCAGUGAUGAACCCGGCGGUGGAGCCGCUGUCCUGGCUGCUGGGCACGUGGCUGUCCGAGGCACCUGGUGUGGGCACAUUCCCAUCACUGCAGCCCUUCCAGUACCUGGAGGAGGCACACAUCUCACACGUGGGCCAGCCCAUGCUCAACUUCUCGUUCAACGCCUUCCACCCUGACACACACAAGCCCCUGCACCGUGAGUGUGGCUUCAUCCGCCUCCAGCCCGACACCAACAAGGUUGCCUUUGUCAGUGCUCAGAACACAGGCAUCGUGGAGGUGGAGGAGGGCGAGUUGAAUGGUCAGGAGCUGAGUGUCGCGUCCCACUCCAUUGCCAGGAUCUCCUUCGCCAAGGAGCCCUACGUGCAGCAGAUCACCCGGAAGUUCCGACUAAAUUCCGAAGGCAAACUUGAGCAGACGGUCUCCAUGGCCACCACCACCCAGCCUCUGACCCAGCAUCUCCACAUUACCUACAGGAAAGUGACCCCAUGACCAUGAUCUGGAGCAGAGCUUUGUCAGGCAGGGCCUGACCUCUGUGGGGGAUGGAUCGCUCCUGCCACUCAUUGCUGGAGUACAAGAGGAUGCGGGCCAUGUAGGCUCAGAGUGUCCCUGGGCUGGCAGAGUAAACCAAAUAAAAGGUCUUUAUUUUCAGG